AUGGUGAAGCUAAGGACAUGCACUGAGAAGCCAGUUCUGCCCGUAUGUGAUGUGGCACAUCAUGUGGACAGUAAUUCAUUCCAAGUAUCCGCAUCCAUCGUGGCUCGUAGGGAGCUCAUAAUCGCCCUGAUAUGGAAAAAUGAAGACGAUUCUUCGCUGGAAAAAUCGAGCGAACUGAAGCGCUUGCAGGUAUUCCUUCGGUUCUACUAUAUCGCAAGUUUGUUGUGA